CCCAAUCUGACACAUUAUCCCGCGAUGUUUGCGGGACUGUCGUGUGCCUCCUACAUAGUAUUCUUAGUCCCAUGGGCUCUUCUACGAAGUAGUCGUGGACUGAGAGCUCCGAGCAAGGCAUCGAUGAUACACAUCAACAACAUCAUGCUCCCUCUAGAAUGGCGUUAGUCCUGGAUACGUGCUGAAGUUGGGCUGCAUAGUCAUAGCAGUGUUGGGCAUCAUAGUGAUGUCCUUUUCAGAUACAAAGGAGUCUAAUGGUAUGACCAACAGUCUGAGGUCAUGUAUUGAAGUAUCUAUUGCCACUCUAUUAUAUGGUCUAUUUGAUGUCCUCUAUGCUCAAUGGGCAGCUCCAAUAUGCGACGAUAAGAUAUCCCAAAACGGUGAUGAUGCCAAUGAGGACGAUAUAUGGCGGAGAUGUCCUCAGCAGCAACCAACCACUUGUGGAGGCUCCAACAGAUUAUCGUCCCAGAUAGAGGGUAUGUUCCUCCUACUCGCCCUACGUGCUGUGCCCGCUCUUAUAUUCCUCAUGUGCACCAUCCUACUAGGAGUAUACGACCACGAUUUACCGGACUACUCUAAGGGCGACAUCUUGGCCAUACUGUCAGUGGUCGUUGCCGACUGGUUUUUUAACAUCGCUAUGUGCAUCGGUCUCGUGGAGUUGUCCCCUCUUUGGGUCACGAUGGGUACAAUUCUCUGCGUCCCGGCUGCUUUGAUAUUCGACAUGCUCGUUAAAGGUCUCGUAUUGUCUUUGGGCGCGUGGAUCGGGGGUAUUCUCACUGCCGUUGGUUUCAUCGUCUACAACAUCAUCACAGCGAGAGCCGAUGAACACAACAUUGAAAACUCGAAUGCUACCUGAGAGAUGAUUCAACGACGAGUGGUUUGUCGACCACUCGUCCUCCAGAAAUUCCUAUUCUUUUCAUUUCAUUUU